AGCUCAUAUCUCUCUCUCCAUCGCCGCUCCUCCGCAGAAACCCUAGAGAGAGAAAGUAAACAGAGAAAUGACUACCCGCUUCAAGAAGAACAGGAAGAAGCGCGGCCAUGUGAGCGCCGGUCACGGCCGCAUCGGGAAGCACCGCAAGCAUCCCGGAGGCCGCGGAAACGCCGGAGGCAUGCACCACCACCGCAUCCUCUUCGACAAGUACCAUCCCGGCUACUUCGGCAAGGUCGGCAUGAGGUACUUCCACAGGCUCCGCAACAAGUUCUACCGCCCCAUCGUCAACAUCGACAAGCUCUGGUCUCUCGUACCCGAAGACGUCAAGGACAAGGCCAGCACCGACAAAGCACCCAUGAUCGAUGUGACCCAGUUCGGAUACUUCAAGGUCUUGGGUAAGGGAGUGUUGUCCUCUUCGCAGCCCAUCGUCGUCAAGGCCAAGCUCAUCUCCAAGAUCGCCGAGAAGAAGAUAAAGGAGGCCGGUGGCGCCGUCGUGCUUACCGCUUAGGUUUGAUCGUCUCUACCCUAGUUUCGUUUAUAUCUAUUUGGGUUUUCAAGUUUUAUAUGUAUUGGUGGUUUACAUUGAAUGAAGGAUUAUUGGAGUAUGUUCUUUUUGGAUCACUUCUUGAGAUGUUUACAUUUCAGAUUUAUAUAAUUUUGACUGCAUUUGCUCACA